AUUCUGGGAGCUUAUUUUGGAAGGGAGCAGUUUGGCUGGUUUGUAGCUCAGGUAUGCAGCAGAGAUUAGCACAGGCAGUCUUCAAACAUCGACAACAGGCUCCAAGCUGGAAGACAGACCAUGUGAGGCCUUCACACUCACAGAAAAGUUUCAGAAUGCUGAAUAGUUGAUUUGAUUUGUGGAAAAACAAAGUCUUAAUGGAUACAAAUACCCAAGGAGCUGCUGAAGGAAGUGCAGUGCAAUGCAGAGAUCUGAAUCAUUGAUAACUCGGGAUGUGGAGAACGGAACCAAGCUACAUCAAGCGUUUGGAUUCUACUUGAAAAUCCCUCACUAGCUGAAGAAGAUGACUGACUUUGCUGUGGCAGACAGUAUCUGUCCUUCCAGUCGGAUUCACAGCAAACCCUCCCUGAGGAAGAAACGGGAGACAGACUCCAUAAUGGCUGGUUCAGACUUGGGGGACAACCUCUCCCAUAUAUCUCCUGUAUCCCAGCAGGCCCCAGGUUUGGCAGUGUCCGCUCUGCAGUCCAAAGUGAAGGCAUUGUAUGAGAGGAGAGCCUGCAGAGAGAAAAGGGAGAGAGGGGAGGGAGAGAAGGGGGAGAGGGGAUGGCCAGCUUUUAACCAGAAUCCCAGAAAAACUGACCAAGACAAGGAUCGACCUUCAUGUAGCCUCCUAGUCGCAGGAAAACAGGUCAGUAGUGACGAAGAGGCGGAUCCAGCACUUCAAAUUCAAACCUACCUGACCGACAAAGUCCUCAAAUGUGACAUGGAAGAUUUGAACGGAGAAAACCAAAUCAAUAAGGCUAAUGCCACGAUGGACCCACCCAUGGGCCAAGGUGAAGGGGCUAGUCUAGACAGCCUUCGGAUGACCAACAAAGGAUUUCCUCCAUUGGAACCUUCUGCAAAGAGCUGGACGCCUCCAAAAGGAUUUUGGAAAGCCAUGAAGUCCGAGACUCUUAGCUUAGAGGAGGAACCAAAAGUUUUAAGAGACAUGAGCUGGCGGGAGGAAUCACAGGCAGAGCUCGGGGCUGCUUUCUGCCAGAGGAUGCCCAAGAUGGGUCAACCCCCGAGGGUCCUACAGAGGGCCGACAGCCUGGAGAGUCGCUUAACUGGUAAUCUGUUCAAUGGGGUUCCACUCGGUGGUCUCUGGAGGGCUGACAGCUGGGAGAGCGUGUGCAGUAACGCAAGCUCGCUGUCACUGGCAGAGCGGGUUGAGAUGAACCGUGGGGUCCUCAAGCAGAUCCUGGAUAGACCUAAGAACAAGGAGGAUAAUCCUGGGCAACUCAUGGAGUGCAACGAAAAAGGCAUUUCCACAUUCAAUGAUAGUGACUGGGACUCUGGGAUCUCCCUGCAAGACUGUGACCACGGACCGAGGGCCUUUGUUUGUGACGGGCUGCCCCUGAGCCCUCGACAUGAGCAGGCCAACAGGCUACUGGAGAGAGCCCGAAUGCAGGCCCGAGCGCAUCCUCUGAAGGCCGACCACAGCAUCCUGCCUUUCAAAAGAGACUGCCUGGAGUCUAAAGGUCCUGGGACCCCCCUGCUGCGGAAGGGCCUGUCAGGCAGGGAGGCGGUGUCGUCUGCUUGUGGGAACCUUAGUGACUCCUCCAGUGGGGACUCUGGCUGCGGGCCGCGGCGCAAGCAGUCCCCCACCAGGGUGCGCUUCGAGGACGAGUCGACCCAAGAUGCAGAGGUGCGAUACCUGGAGAGGCUGCAGCAGAGGAAGAGGGCAGCGGAGAGAGGCCAGGGCCUGCUGGUCUCCAAACCAGACUUGUCCUCCUACAUCAAUGGAUCCUCGCGCAAGAAUCCAGAGGGAGCUCCGCUGUGGAGCAAAAACAAGAGUAAGGGCAAGAGCAGGAACCACGGCAGCCCAGAAAAAUGUCCCCCUUCCGGGGAGCAAGGGAGCCAAAAGUGCAACGCCUGUGGGUCUUUCAAGGCUGGUCAAAACCUGCCGCCUGGCUACCAGACUAAAGCAUCACAAGGGCAAGCCUUGUAUCAAGCGGAGGGUGAGAGGAUUGAAAGAUUCCAGAAUGAGUCCCAUGUCAAGGUGAUCCCAUAUUGGGUUCCACCUUCUAAUCACAGAAUGAGGACCGAACGCAUCAAGGAGACCUACAUUGGAGAGGUUACCUCUAUUGAUGAUGUGGAAUCACCCCAGGGAGAUGCAGACCCUGCUGACAGUGGGGAUAGUGCCACAAAUCCACACAGCAGCAGUGGGAUUGUGGACCCCACCGGACCCUCUGUUGACAAUAAUAGGAACUGUAGUCCUGACUUUCAUGUAUAUACCAAUGGGGAAAACCAUCAUGGAAAGACCGCUGUCAAAUGUUCUGCAAGCCAAAAGUCACUGGUUCCAACCCGGCCUGCGCCCCAUCGUUCUGAAAAAGAUGCAAACACAGAGUUUUUGAAGAGGCCUGUUAAUCCCUAUGGUUUUGAUCCAGAUAGUUUACCUUCUGGUUCGUCUGUGGGCCAACCUAGUCCCACUCCCUCAAAGGAAAUGCCCCAAUAUGAGACCAUUCUCCCAGGCUCCAAUCCCAAUGCCAACAUACAGCCCAAAGUGAAAAAAUCAGCUCUAAAGUCCAGCUCUAAGAGUCACACCAAUGGCCAGCGUGUAGUGAAGGUGGUGCCUUUCCCGCAGUAUCGUCUGAUCCACCUUGACAUUGAAGAGCUCGACCCUCAAGAGACACAGAGCAACGACUCUGUGCUUUCUGCGAAUCACCAUCCCAACACACUGGAGCAGUGCAGUGAUGUGAAGAGCAGGGAACACGAGUGCUUUGAGGACACAGCCAGCCCCAAACCCUCCACUAAUAACCUCUCCACUGAGCUCCAGCCACUGCAGCAGAACAGUGCACACAAGACAGCCUGUCAGCUCCAGUCAGAUGGGAAUGUGUGCCAUUACCCAGACUUCGAAGACACCUCCAAGCCACUGUCCAAUCAGGACUCACCACACGAAAGAGCACAGAGGAGAGAAAGGUCAGCAGACAGUAAAGUCAUUUCUGACGGAAAACCCAGGUCAGCUCUUCAGAAGUUCCUCUCGGCUAUCAGUCAGAACACAAUGAAGAAGCUGGGUCGAGGACGCUCCAGCAGCAUGGAGCACCUGAGCACUGUGCACCAGCAUUGCAGCAAGCUGGAGAAAGAACCCUCUCUGCAGUCCCUGCACCGGUCGUCUCCCUUCUCCCAGCUGAGGAAGGCAUCCUCUGUGCAGAGCCUGCAGUCUCUGAAGAGGAAGCCGGACCGUUCAAUUUCUUACCGAGUGGGGGAGCCAGCAGCUUUCAGUCCAUCACUCAGCAGGGGGCCCCGACGCUCCCUCAGUGUGGAGGAUGUGGGUGACCCGAGUGCGCUGCGCUCAGUGGGGAGGGUGGCCCAGGCCUACCCCGACGGGACUCUGCUCCUGCAACUCAGCCGGCCCUCCAGGGGCCCCUUUGGAUUCUUCAUCUCCCGGGGCCACGGCCGCGCAGACUCAGGGGUCUAUGUCCAGGAGAUGGGGGACAGCAGCACUGAGAAGUUAUAUGCCGGUCUGCUGGGGGUGGGAGAUGAGAUUGUGGAGGUGAAUGGAGAGAAGGUUUCAGGACUGACCCUGGAGCAGGUAAACGCACUGAUGAUCCAGCAAGACACCACCUCCCUGCGUGUGCUCAGGCAGAGGCUGGGCCAAUGGUAGCCAACGGGAGGCAGAGGGCUGCAGAGGAAGCCAAUCAGAUAUCAUGCAGUGGGCGGGACUAAAGACAGAGAGGUGGGGUCCUGAACUAUGACAAGCCUCCCCACACCACCAGCACAGACAGGAUCAUACUGCACUCUAUCAAACUAACUGUUGCAUUAAAUCAAGGCUUUACAGUCUUUUGCUUACCCUUCACUGGCAUACAAUAUGAUCCCCAAGUUCCCUGCUAACACCUGCAGGGGGUUUGUAUCCCUGGCGCUGGGGAUAUCGGUAUCCAUACAGACUUGUGUCACACCACCCAAAUCAAUACAAUUUCAACUUGGAAACGAAUGUCUGUCUUCAAUGAACAGAGCAGAUGGAAUCUGUAUUUUAUUCAACAAGAAAGAUGUUUGCCCAGCACACAAAUGAUCAUGCUCAUAGGUCUGUUAUCCAUCAGAAACAAACACACACAAGAAAAGAUGAAAACUAAACAUGCCUCCCUUGUAACAGUGUCCCACAGGAGAAGCACAGCAACGUGUAACCAAGCACAAUGAAAACAGGGUAAGCAUUGUACAGCACAGGGAGGCAUCAUAAAGCAUGCUCAUUUUUUUUUUUUUAUGUUGGAAGCAUGGAAAAAACUGCAGAAUUACUGUACACAUUUUAUAGGGGCUGCACAAUACCUCACACCUAAGAUCAAGUGUUCAUCAAAUCACAGUAAAAUCUCUUUAGCUCAGAUUUUGAUUUUUUUUCUUCUUAAAAUGCUUGUUUCCUGAUAAAAGCCAUUAGAUUUCUACAUUCUUUCUAUCUAUCUAUCUAUCUAUAUCUAUCUAUCUAUCUAUCUAUCUAUCUAUCUAUCUAUCUA